AAAGGAAGAACAGGAAAGCAAAAGAGGAGGAGAAACGGUCGCAUGCCUUGACCACCACCCAUCUCUCUCGAACGUAUAACUGCCCCAACCGUCCUUCUUUAACCCUUAUUAUAAUCCAUCUCUUUUGUCUUCACUCCUCUCUCUCUCUCUCUCUCUCUCUCUCUUUUUCAUUCACCUUCGUCAUCGAUUGUCCAUCCUUUUGGGUACCAGCAACAGAGAACAAGCGAGAAGAAACGAGGAGACCCAGAAACGCCAUGCCUGCCACCGAGUACCAGGGCUCCUUCCUGGGCCGCAUCAGCAUCCGCCGCAACCAGGUCGUCUCCAUGGACGGCCACCAUGAGCAGGAGCUCGAGGACCUCGACCUCUUCCAGCGCAACAUCGCCGAGCGCUUCUCCGAGCUCCUCCCCUCCCCCCAGCCCCCACCCGACGGCGGUGGCGACGGCGGCGACCCCUCCGCCCCCGCCUCCGCCGACGCCCCCUUCCUCUCCCUCGCGUGGCUCCGGAAGCUCCUCGACGUCUUCCUCUGCUGCGAGGCGGAGUUCAAGGCCUUCCUCAUCAUGGGCCGCGAGCGCGACCCCUCCGUCGUCGCCAAGCCCCCCCUCGACCGCCUCCUCCCCGAGCUCCUCGACCGCUCCGUCAAGGCCCUCGACGUCUGCAACGCCGUCAUGCAUGGCGUCGACGCCGUCAGGCACUGCCAGAAGCUCUCGGAGAUCGCUGUCGCCGCCCUCGAGCAGCAGCCAAUCGGAGAGGGCCAGGCCCGGCGGGCGAAGAAGGCGCUCGGAUCGAUGAUGGCCGUGCUGGCCGCCGAGGAUAAGGAGAGCAGCGGCCACAAGUCAACGGAGAGGACUUGGUCUUUCGGGCGGAGAGGCAGCAGCGCCGGCUCGAACAAGGAUCGAUCGGCAGCUGUGCAGUUCCGGACGCUCUCCUGGGGCGUGUCGAAGAAUUGGUCCGCAUCAAAGCAAAUUCAAGCCAUGUCAUCGAACCUGGUGGUCCCGCGAGGUGCAGAGUCAUCUGGCCUCGCCCUGCCGGUGUACAUCAUGGGCGCAAUCACAGUCCUCGUGAUGUCGGCCCUGGUGGCGGCCAUCCCGUGCCAGGAGAGGACCGGGCUGGCGAUGCACCUGCAGGUGCCGAAGCAGUUCGCAUGGGCGCAGCCCAUGACCGCGUUGCAGGAGAAGAUCGGGGAGGAGUGGAAGCGGAAGGAGAAGCGGGGGACGGCAGGGCUGAUGGAGGAGGUGCAGCGGAUGGAGCGGCUGGGGCAGGUGCUGGCCGAGUUUGCGGACUCGUUCCAGUUCCCGUGCGAGGGGGAGCGGGCGGAUGAGGCGGCCGUGAGGGCGGCGGAGCUGGCGGAGACGUGCCGGAGGAUGGAGGAGGGGCUGGUGCCGCUGCAGAUGCAGAUCAGGGAGGUGUUCCACAGGAUCGUGAGGAGCAGGAGCGAGGUGCUGGAUGUUUUGGACCAGGCUGGUAAACUGUCUGCUCCCACCAUGUAAAAACACCGUGGCCAAGGGUUUCUAAUCAACUUCUUUAGGGGAUUCAACCCAAGUUUACAUUGGUGGGAAUUAGGUUGCAGUUUUGUUUCAAAGUGGCAUCCAUUUUUAGGUCAAUUUCUAGGAGGUUUAGAGGACAUAUGUCUUGGCCCUCGAAAGCUGUAUAAUUGAGGUGCAAGCACGUCUGAAAAGUGUUCAUUUUCCGUGCGUUUUCUUUGAUGCUGAGGAUCUUCUUUUGGUGUUGUGCAGCAGCUUGUCAUCUUUGUAAUACAAAUGUACAUAUUCUGAUUACGACCGCUUCCUUGAAGAUGGUUCUCUCUUCUGGGUUUUCAUCA